GCGGUGCUCAUUUGGGCCCCCCCUGUACGAAGUAUGGUACCGAAAGGAACUCCACCAGAUUAUAUGAAAGUCUACACCUACACCACACUCGCUCAGCUGCCACGCCGGCAAGAUGCCUCGCUUCUCAGCGCGCAACAUCAUCGUCCUUGUUAACAUCGUCCUGCUUACAGUCCUCUUCAUCCACCUGAAAGACGUCUUCUGGGGCCGCGGCGCAUCCCACGGCGCAAGCUCCCUCUUCGGCGGCGAUGGUGAGGAAUGGGACUACGGGAAUGUAGACGAUCGCGACGCCGUGCUGGGCCUCAACGGCAUCAAGAGCGAUAACGACUUCAGGAGCAAGGAGGGCAAGGAUCUGCAGGUCAACGGCGCUGUAGCGUCUAGUCUAGUGGGUCAAGAGAAGAAGAAGAGGAAGACGGCCGUUGUGGUCGCGAGCCAGGCGAGUGAGAAUGCCACGUGGAUUGCCGAGGCAUUCCCAGAGUGGGAGCAGAAUGUAUAUCGCGUUGAUGAUUCGGCGGCCAAGUUGACGGUGCCGAAGAACAAGGGGAGGGAGAGCAUGGUGUAUUUAACUUACAUUAUCGACAACUACGAUAAACUCCCCGACAAUAUCCUCUUCAUCCACCCCAACCGCUUCCAAUGGCACAACGAUGACCCCGACUACGACGGCCUGCCCAUGCUACGACAUCUCCAGCUCCCCUACCUCGAGGAACAGGGCUACGUGAACAUCCGCUGCGCGUGGUCGCUCGGCUGCCCUGCGGAGAUUAAGCCGCUGGCUGAAGAGGGCGAACACAGAGAGGCGGUGCAUGCCGGCGGCGACUACAAGAAGGCGUUCCAAAGGCUGUUUCCGGAUAAAGAGGUCCCGAAGGAGGUGGGUGUUAGCUGCUGUGCGCAGUUUGCGGCGACGAGGGAGAAGAUUAGAGAGAAGAAGAGGGAGGAGUACGUUGGUUAUAGGCAGUGGCUCAUCGAAACAGAGUUGGAGGACAAUAUCAGUGGGAGAAUUUUGGAGUACUCAUGGCAUAUGGUCUUUGGCAAAGAGCCCGUUCACUGCCCAAGCGCAAAAGAAUGCUACUGCAAAGUCUUCGGUCUCUGCCAUUUAGAGUGCAGAGAUCCUGGCAGCUGCGAAGGUCGGUACAUUCUCCCACCCUUUUCGAGCCUGCCACAGGGCUGGCCGUUCGUAGGGUGGAAAGGCGAACCGAGAAAGAGAAUGGGACCCGAGUGAUGAUCGCUUCUCUCUUGACCCACCCCAGUCUGCCACAAGGCUGGCCUUCCGUUGGCAGGACAGGCGGACCAAGGCGGAGGGUACGCAUCCUUUCGACUACGAUGACUACAUCCAACCUCUUUCUCCGCCCGGACCCCAGAAUCCAAAG